CACAAACCGGCCAAAAAGCCCAACGCGCCGCACGCCACCGCCACCCUCUUCUUCCUCCUCUCGCUCCCUCCCUCCUCCGUCUCCGCCUUCUCCUCCAAGCUUCCUCCUCGGCCUCGCCGCGCGCGAGCCCUCGUCGCCGGAUUCCCCAGCUCGAGCGCGCGCUGGGUUCGAGAUUCCGAGCACGCGCGCGGUGCUCCGACGUGAUGGACGACGAGAAGAGGCCGAGGGUGGGGGAUACUGCCGAGAGCCCGCGGAAAUCCCCGCGCCUGGUGCACCGAAUUCCGACGACGACAGAUCAGGCCGAAUCUGGAGUCGGUCUCAAGUCCUUGCUUGGGUUGAUCAAAAACAAUCCGAGCAAGGAGCUCGAUGACCCAAAUGCUGCCUCUCUCGGCGUGAUAGACGUGGAGAAGAAGGCAGCAAGGCCAGGGGAUACUGCGGCAACGGCGCUGGAUGUGAACGAUUGGUGGGAGAAAGUCGUGGCGUUACAAUGGAUGGCAUCGGUCGGCGGCGACUGCCGUGCUCGGCGGUGCCGGCACGUCUUGUAUGGGGAGGAUGACAUUAAUUUGGCCAUAGCACUGAUCAAGACCUGCGAUGACACCCCAAUGUGUAAUGCUGACAAUUGUGGCAAUACUGAGGGGAGGGAAAUCUCGGCGUGCUUGGAUUGCGAAUCGCGUUUCUGCACUACACACGGGAAAUGGCACGCCUCGGUCAACAAGCAUUGGGUUGCUUUGGUGUACAAAAAGCCACAUGUGGCGUAUUGCUUCGCGUGUGAAGAGUGCUAUUUCAUCAGAACUGAGCAUUUUGGGGUGGUAAUGGACAACGAGGAUGACUAUUUCAUCAGUUUACGUGAGGAGGAUGAGAAGGGAAUGAGAGUUGACAAUGUGGCAGGUGAUCAUGCAUCUGGGUCAGUUAUUGGGCAUGCCUGUCCUAUUAAAGGGAUACCGAAUCUUGGAAAUACAUGCUACUUGAAUUCAUUGCUGCAGUGCCUCCUUGUGCUUGGAAGACUGCGGGCAGGGAUAUUAGGACUAGAUGCUCCAUUGGGGCUCCUUGGUAGCUCACUGCGAUCUCUCUUUGAUGAUGCAGACAGUGUAAAUAAUGCAGGAGGCCUGCUGGACCCAGAGAAGCUCUUGGCUUGUGUACGCAUGCUGAACCCAGAGUUUAAAGGCAAUGGUAUGCAUGAUAGCCAGGAAGCACUUUGCAUUUUGCGCACUGGUUUGGACAAGGAGGAGAGGGCAAUGAAGCUGUCUAACAUGCAAGCCGGUGCUCCCAGUGCAGUGGCUCCUACAGUUAUUGAUUCCAUUUUUGGCGGUCAGCUGUCUGUUACCAGUUCAUGCAAACAUUGCUCAGUUAGAUCACUUUCCCAUGAUGUAUUCCAUGAUCUCUCAGUGCCACUACCACAGGAGUCUCCAGCCAAAAGUGAUGAAUUAUCACCAUGGACUAAAGGUCGCAGAUCUCCACGGAAGAUUCGUAUCAACCUGCUUUCAGCAAUAGACAAACACAAAAGUGACAAUGAAAAGACUCAGAGUCCUGCUUCAGAAUUGGAAGAUGUGUUCUUGGUGAAAAGAUCAAAGCCUUUAAAAGUUGAUUCUACCAAAGUGGAACAGAUAUCUCAUAGCAUGGAUGCAGGUGGUCCUUUGCAGACUAGAAAGGAUAAGGUCCAAGGAAAGGUUGUUGAUGUCCUUCCCCGCAUUCCAGAAGAUCCUGCUUCACCAUCAUUUGUUUCUCCACUAAGCGAAGAGAAAAAUGACAGUGCUGUUCAACCAGAGGUUAGUACAGAAGCCAAGAUGACCGCUUCCUCAGCAAAAGUUACUACAAAAGACAAGGGGAAAACUCAGAUUAGCGAUGUUGUUUAUGACAAGGCACAUGAUAUCAACUCUCUUGCAUCGAUUGAGAAAUGCUUGGAAUUGUAUCUUGAAACAGAGAUAGAAUGGACCUGUGAGAACUGCUCCAAAGUUCUUAAGAAGCCAGGCAUCAUGUCAAGUACUAAGGAGGACACAACAGCUGGAGACCAGAGUGAACAGUUAGAGAAGAGUGCACACCAAGUGGAAGAAAACCAAAAUGAGCAGAAAGAUAAGAAUGAAUGUCCCAUUCAAACACGUCUUAUUCGCAAGUUGCCACCUGUAUUGACCAUUCAUCUGAUGAGAUAUUUGGAGGAUUUAACGAAGGUGAUAGGACAUGUGAGCUUUAAGGAAAUCCUUGAUGUGGGGCAGUUCAUGGAUCCCAGCUCUGAGGACAGAGAUAAUUCCCGCUAUCGUCUAGUUGGUUUUGUUGAGCACCUGGGCCCUAGCAUGUAUGCAGGGCAUUAUGUUGCUUAUGUGAGACCAAGUCCUCCGCAGCAGACCAAUGGCUCUUCCUCAUGGUUUCGUGCAAGUGAUACCGAUAUCACAGAAGUCUCUUUAGAAGAAGUUCUCAAGCGCGAGGCUUACCUUCUUUUCUAUGAGAGGAUUGAAGGCUAAGGUGUCUGGAAUCCUGUAUCCACCAGCUGCUAAUCAGAAUAGCAAUCACAAAGGAAGCAGAUGUUUUCAGAUUAUCAAGCAUUAUUUGGGCACGAAGGAUUCAAUUUUAAUCAGUGUACAUACUGUACUGACGUAGGCUCGUGAUCAAGUUGAAUUUCGUUGCUUUUGUCUGAGUCAUUGCAUGAGCGCAACACGUACAUACCAGUUGAGAGAUUUGGGUUGUUCUUGAACAACUGAUUAUUUCCACUUCUCUUUUGUCCAUGAGGACGAUAUUAGGAAUUCAUUUGAAAAGAAAACAUCAAAGUUGGACAUUUUGCAUUAGAGGAUUGAGCAAGAUGAAUAUAUAGGCACUGGUACAAUUUUGUCGGAUGUUACUGUUACUUGUAGUUACUUUACAGUACUGUAAAAUCAGGAACACAUUUUCUUUUAUACCUUGAGCUUUGCCUCAAUAAUUUUUGUGAUGG